GCGCUGAGCUCCAGGAGGAGGCCCUCACCAAUCCGGAGCCGGGGGGCUGAAGCAGCGUCACCAUUUCGCAGCCGGUCCCAGAGUUUAAGAGCAGCGUGUCUCCUCGCUUUAUUACACUUUUCUCCUGUUCAGAGAAACGAGAUACAAUGGCCAGAACCAAGCAGACCGCCCGUAAAUCCACCGGAGGCAAAGCUCCCAGGAAGCAGCUGGCGACCAAAGCUGCCCGUAAGAGCGCCCCGGCCACCGGCGGAGUGAAGAAGCCCCACCGUUACAGGCCCGGCACCGUGGCUCUCCGGGAGAUCCGCCGCUACCAGAAGUCCACCGAGCUGCUGAUCCGCAAGCUGCCCUUCCAGCGCCUGGUCCGAGAGAUCGCUCAGGACUUCAAGACCGACCUGCGCUUCCAGAGCUCCGCCGUCAUGGCGCUGCAGGAGGCCAGCGAGGCCUACCUGGUCGGCCUCUUCGAGGACACCAACCUAGCGCUUUAUUACACAAUGAGUGGACGAGGAAAAGGCGGAAAGGGACUCGGGAAAGGAGGCGCUAAGCGUCACCGUAAAGUGCUCCGUGAUAACAUCCAGGGGAUCACCAAGCCCGCCAUCCGCCGUCUGGCUCGCCGCGGCGGAGUGAAGCGUAUCUCCGGUCUGAUCUACGAGGAGACCCGCGGUGUGCUCAAGGUCUUCCUGGAGAACGUGAUCCGUGACGCCGUCACCUACACCGAGCACGCCAAGAGGAAGACCGUCACCGCCAUGGACGUGGUGUACGCUCUCAAGAGGCAGGGCCGCACCCUGUACGGCUUCGGAGGCUAAACCUGAUCCCGACCCGCUCAUACCCCCCAACACAAAGGCCCUUUUAAGGGCCAAA